CUCCCCGGGAGCUGCUGCUGAAAGCUGAACCGGGAACCAGGAAAUGCACAAGCCUCUUUCAGUGGAAGAAGAGCUGGGCUCCCUAGAAGACAGAGCACCAUGGGAAACCAGCUCUGCUGCGGGGGAAGCUGGAGCUGUACAUCAACUUUACAGAGGAAAGAGAAAAUAGGGAGCCAAGCAAGACGAACACUGAGGUUGCAGCAGCAGCAGCCGCAGCUUGAGCGGUGGCGGCAGCUGAAUGACACGGAGGACACAAUGGGACACAUGUACGAGCAGGUGUUACAGCAGCCUGCAUCUCAGCAGAGGAGCCGUCAAAGCCUCAGGUCGGAGGACAGCGGCUUGUAUUAUGCAGACAUUCAACUGUACAGCCUUCCCCAGCCACGCUCUGUCCAGGAGGUGAAGCACCUACAGUUAAAAAAUGCUACGGAGUAUGCGACCCUUCGCUUCCCCCAGGUGACACCUCGCUAUGACAGCAAGAACGGGACCCUUGUGUGAACCCUGAUGGGGAGGCACUACCUGUCGGCAUCAUUUCAUCACUACGGCUCUGGGGGACUGGCUGGCAGCCUAAGAACAGUGGGCACGUUUUAGGCUUAAAGAACUCCAGAGCCCCCGGAAUUGCAAACUCCCAGUCCUGCGCUCUGCCUCGGCCUAUCUCUUAGUUGUCACCAUUAGCAAAUAGCUAAUAGCACCAUUAGCUUGAGUUACCUGGGGGUGGAUGGAGUUGUACAGGAUGAGGGUGCUAGGUUGAGUGUGCAAGAAGAUAGGUUGACCCCUAUCUUUGCUCCUGCCCUCAGGGAAAGUGCUGAAAGAACAGGUUCCCCUUGAAGCACUUGCACUUGAGCUGACUUUGUUGGAGUUCGUUUGAUGGUAUCUCUCUUACACACCUUCAGCUCCUAAGCUAAAGAAGAGGUGCUCUGGAAAGCAUUCAGGGCUCUUGUACACAGCUCCUAGAUCUGGGUUGGGCAAUUUCCUCAGAGGUUGGGUCAAAAGGGUCCAGACCCUAUACGAACAAGUGAGGGCGGGACUGAAGCAUGGAGCAAGCGUUUUUGGACCAUCGAUUGCAAGAACGUCAAGUCACUGAUGUCGACAGCACUGUGAGGCCCAGAAACUUCCCCUUAAGCUGGACUGUUUUCUCUCACGGGUGCGGAGCCGUUAAGAUCAAUAAAUCGCAU